AAUGUUCAGUUUGUUCAGCGGGGAUCGAUGUUUGCUGGCAUCGCCCUGCCCUGUCUUGUGUGUGUGUGUGUGUGUGUGUGUGUGUGCCUGUGUGUGUGUGAGAGAAUGUGUAUGUAUGUGUAUGUGUGCACGCGCGCGCGUGCUUGAGCAUGUGUGUGUGUGUGUGCAUAUGUGGGGGUGUGAGUGUGUGUGUGCGCUCAUGAACGAGUGUGUGUGUGUGUGUGUGUGUGUGAGUGAGUGAGUGAAUUCCAGAUUUUCUGUCUUUCCCAAACCGCUCCUGUCCUCUCGCAUAUCACUCACAGACUGGGAUCUGACAGCAGCGACAAACCUACAGUGAGUGAUCUCUCCCCAGCGCGAAUCCGCCAUCAAGAUCAGGGACAAGGAGGAGGAGGAAGAGGAAGAGGAGGAGGAAGAGGAGGAGGAGAAGGAGGAGGAGAAGAAGGAGGUGGAGGAAGAGGAGGAAGAGGAGGAGGAGGAGGGAAAGAGAAGGAAGAAGAAAAAGAAGAAGCCCACUGUCUUCCCAGGAUUGUUUUCCCCCUUAUCUUUACGCGCGAGUGUGCGCGUGGCGCGUGUGCGCCCCUCGUCCCUGCCAUCUGAACCCCGUCUUGGAUGUUUAAUAAAGAAAUCAAGUGUCUCACCAGUCACCAAAAAAACAGCAAAAAGCAAAACCAAAAAAAGAAAAAAAUCCAAAAGCAAAAACAAAAAGAGAGAGAGGGGGAAAAAAACCAAACAAACAAACAAGGCAGAACCAACCUCCACUUGCAAGCAGCAGGCACAAACAGCGUAUCUGCCUCCCAGAGAGGGGGUCUCCGGCCCCGCGCUGGAGCGCUGGCAGGGGGAUCGUCAGGGGGACAGAGGCCGAGUGACGUCCUAGGAGCCACAGAAAGACGAGCGAGACUGCGGCCCCCGCGCGCGGCUCGGGGCUGGGGCGCCAGAAGUGAGACUGGAGCUAAGUAGAGCGAUGCCAAGGAGGAAACAGCAGGCACCCAAGCGGGCUGCAGGCUAUGCCCAGGAGGAAGUGCUGAAGGAAGAGGAAGAAAUUAAGGAGGAAGAGGAAGAGGAGGAAGACAGUGGGUCGGUGGCUCAGCAUCAGGGCAGCAACGACACUGGGACAGACGAGGAAUUAGAAACGAUCCCAGAGCAGAAAGGCUCCUUCAGCUGCCAGAACUCUCCAGGGAGCCACCUGUCCAAUCAGGACGCAGAAAACGAAUCUCUUCUGAGUGAUGCCAGCGACCAGGUGUCAGACAUCAAGAGCAUCUGUGGCCGAGAUGCCUCGGACAAGAAAGCGAAGGCUCACCCCAAGCUUCCAAGCGAACCCCAUAACUGCAUGGAUAAAAUGACAGCCGUCUACGCCAAUAUCCUCUCAGAUUCCUACUGGUCAGGCCUGGGCCUCGGCUUCAAACUAUCCAACAGCGAGAGACGGAGCUGUGACACCCGCAAUGGCAGCAGCAAGAAUGAUUUUGAUUGGCACCAAGACGCCCUGUCCAAAAGCCUGCAGCAGAACUUGCCUUCCCGGUCUGUCUCUAAGCCCAGCCUAUUCAGCUCCGUGCAGCUGUACCGGCAGAGCAGUAAGAUGUGCGGCUCGGUGUUCACCGGGGCCAGCAGGUUCCGCUGCAGGCAGUGCAGCGCAGCCUACGACACUCUGGUAGAGCUGACCGUGCACAUGAAUGAGACAGGCCACUAUCAAGAUGACAACCGCAAAAAAGAUAAGCUCCGACCCACGAGCUACUCAAAGCCCCGGAAAAGGGCCUUCCAAGACAUGGACAAGGAGGACGCGCAAAAGGUUCUGAAAUGCAUGUUUUGCGGUGACUCCUUCGACUCCCUGCAGGAUCUGAGCGUCCACAUGAUAAAGACAAAACAUUACCAAAAAGUGCCUUUGAAGGAACCGGUACCAGCCAUUUCCUCUAAAAUGGUCACACCAGCCAAGAAACGUGUUUUCGAUGUCAACCGGCCCUGCUCCCCUGACUCCACCACAGGGUCGCUUGCAGAUUCAUUUUCUUCCCAGAAAAAUGCCAACCUGCAGUUGCCCUCCAACAGCCGCUAUGGCUACCAAAACGGAGCCAGCUACACCUGGCAGUUCGAGGCCUGCAAGUCCCAGAUCUUGAAGUGUAUGGAGUGCGGCAGUUCCCACGAUACCUUGCAGCAGCUCACGACCCACAUGAUGGUCACGGGCCACUUUCUCAAAGUCACCAGCUCUGCCUCCAAGAAGGGAAAGCAGCUGGUGUUGGACCCGCUGGCCGUGGAGAAAAUGCAGUCACUGUCUGAGACCCCAAACAGCGAGUCUCAGGCCCCUAAGCCGUCAAGCAACUCCGCCUCUGACUGCACGGCCUCUACCACCGAGUUAAAGAAAGAGAGCAAGAAGGAGAAGGCGGAGGAGGUCAACGAAGGCGAGCAAGGCGUGAAAAGCGAGGACUAUGAAGACCCUCUACAGAAACCUCUCGACCCUACCAUAAAGUACCAGUAUCUAAGAGAGGAGGACUUGGAAGAUGGCUCAAAGGGUGGUGGGGACAUCCUAAAGUCGCUGGAGAACACUGUAACCACAGCCAUCAACAAGGCCCAAAACGGUGCUCCCAGCUGGAGUGCAUACCCGAGUAUCCAUGCAGCCUACCAGCUGUCAGAGGGUGCCAAGCCACCCAUGGCAAUGGGCUCCCAGAUACUGCAGAUCAGACCCAACCUGGCCAACAAGCUAAGGCCGAUCGCACCCAAGUGGAAAGUCAUGCCGCUUGGCCCUGUGGCCCCAAACCUGGCCCUGUACACUCAAGUUAAGAAGGAGGCAGAAGACAGAGAAGAGGUCGUGAAGGAGCGUGGGAAGGAAAGUCCCCACGGAGAGGCCGCCUCUCUCAGCCAGUCUGAGGGGGAGUGUUUCUCCAAAAUCGAAGCGCCUUCAGAAUCCAGAAAGGCUGAGCCCUGUCCCCUGAAGGAGGAAGAGAAGCUGCUGAAAGAGAAAGCAGAGCCCUUAGAACCAGUGUCUUCUCUCAGCAACGGAUGUGCACCGGCUAACCACACCCCGGCCCUGCCUGGCAUCAACCCGCUCAGCGCCCUGCAGUCGGUCCUGAACAACCACCUGGGCAAAGCUACGGAGCCGCUGCGCUCGCCUUCCUGCCCCAGCCCCAGCUCAAGCACGGUCUCCGCGUUCCACAAGCCCACUCUCGGCAUGGUGGACAAGCCGGUCAUCAGUCCCUCCUCCACCAGGCCGGCCAGCGUGUCCCGGCACUCCCUGUUUGAGAACAGCGACCAGCCCAUUGACCUGACCAAGUCCAAAAGCAAGAGAGCCGAGUCCUCGCAAGCACAAUCCUGCACGUCCCCCCCUCAGAAGCAUGCCCUGUGUGACAUUGCCGACAUGGUCAAGGUCCUCCCCAAAGCCACCACCCCAAAGCCAGCUGCUUCCUCUAGGGUCCCUCCUAUGAAGUUGGAAAUGGAUGUCAGGCGCUUUGAGGAUGUUUCUGGCGAAGUCUCAACUUUGCACAAAAGAAAGGGCAGGCAGUCCAACUGGAACCCCCAGCACCUUCUCAUCCUGCAAGCGCAGUUUGCCUCCAGCCUCUUCCAGACAUCAGAAGGCAAAUAUCUGCUUUCUGACCUGGGCCCACAAGAGCGGAUGCAGAUCUCAAAGUUCACAGGGCUCUCGAUGACCACAAUCAGCCACUGGCUGGCCAACGUCAAAUACCAGCUUAGGAAAACAGGUGGGACAAAAUUCCUGAAAAACAUGGACAAAGGGCACCCCAUCUUUUACUGCAGUGACUGUGCAUCCCAGUUCAGAACCCCCUCUACUUACAUCAGCCACUUAGAGUCUCACCUGGGCUUCCAAAUGAAGGACAUGACCCGGAUGGCAGCUGACCAGCCAAGCAAGGCGGAGCAGGAGAUCUCGCGGGUGUCGUCGGCUCAGAGGUCUCCGGAAACAAUAGCUGGCGAAGAGGACACAGACUCUAAAUUCAAGUGUAAGUUGUGCAGUCGGACAUUUGUGAGCAAACAUGCAGUAAAACUCCACCUAAGCAAAACGCACAGCAAGUCACCCGAGCACCAUUCCCAGUUUGUAACCGACGUGGAUGAAGAGUAGUUCUGCAGGACAAAUGCCUUAGCCUUGAUCUUCCCGCCCGGAUCUCCCCCACUCAGCCCUUCUCCGUUGCACCCUUGCUUCUGACAUUGGACCACUGACCUCCUUCUGACGCCCUGCUCCAAGAAGACUGAAAAAAAAAAAAAAAAAAAAACCACCAACCGUUUCUCUUCGUCCUCACUAACAAUUUGGUAAUGAAGUAUUGAUUUCCACUUCUCUCCUUAUGGACAAUAUUAGAUUUUCAUUGAUAAACUGCAACGGGGCUGUUGCAUCUCUGAGGUCCUCUUUUCGCUGUCAGGAAAAAAAAAAAAAACGAAGUGCCACUGAGGAAAAAUAAUGACUGGGGGCGCUGACGCACUUAUUUUGUCAGUUUGUAACAGGAAAGGGAGGAGACACAUCACUCUUCAUAGUUUAAUGUCCAAGUGGGCUGCUCUUGGGGGCUUACUUUUCACAGCAACGUCCACUCCCUAUUUAUAACCCACCUGGGAACGUUUGUCUAAAGGAAAUGUUUCUGUUCAGUGUAACAAUUAAGGUUGCACCUGGCCUCCCUAGUCCUGCCCCUGCACAGGGGAGCCAUUAAUCACUGCAGAGUGGAAGAGUUAUUAAGUUAAACCAGAGUUUGAGCCAAGAAAACCUCCCAACCAUGUUCAUCUUCUGCGAAAGUUGUUGGAACAGACAUCCUUAACCAUGUGGCUGCCAAAGAGCUUUUUUUCUCCCCCCCCCCCGGGUGGUGCCAGACUGUGCACCCUCAAGUGGGUGUCUUGAGUGGUUUGUAAACUUAGCUCCCAGCAUGCACCACUGUCCGGUGAGCCUGGCAGCCUGGGAGCGGUGCAGAGUAGAACCCAGGAGAAAGCAAGGUGGCAUUGUGAGGAGUGCUCUCUCUCCGUGCAGGGCCUGUCCCCUCGCAAACGCAACUUCUCCUCUGUGCCCGAAAGAAUGCAUGAAAACGGGGUGUCUGUUUUAAACGUGUUCCGGCAACUUUUUUCAUUAAAACUUUAAGGGGCCCAAUUUUAAUUUGUGGAAUAUUCCCGUUAAUAAUGAGAUCUAAUUAAGACAUCCAUUAAAAGCCCGUUAAAGUUAAUUUAACGUAAAAAUUCCAAUAGAACUGUAUUAGAUUUUCUCCAUUAAAUUAACGUUAUGGAUUUUUUAACGGAUGUCUUAAUUACACGUUAUUAUUAACGGGAAUACUGUAUUACACAGAUUAAAAUCAGGUCCUAAGUCAACUUGGAAAAGCUACGAGCAUGUUCUAAUAUUAAAGUCUCAUAGACCUAGUACACAGUUUGGAAGUACAGGGGAAGAUAUGGUAUUCUGGCUGAGUAUUUUCUGCACAAUGGAGAGUAAUCUAUAGUAGAUAAACCCAUCAUUUCAUUUAAACAAUGAGUCCUUUAUUCUCAUAGGACAACAAAAUCUGGAUUGCACUGUAAAUUGCUCUUCAGCUAUAGGUGAAAUAUUUAAAGUAUUCUCAGCACAAUAUUCUGAAACAAACGACUAUUUUGUGUUGUCGUUUUAAUUACCAAGGUUAUCCAAAAGAGAGGAAAAAAAGGUGACAAAAUGAAGCCAAAUACAUCCUUUUCACCAUUUAUUACAAAGGUUGCCUGUUGGAAAUGUCUUGGAAAUUUUGACAUGAUCCCUAAAUUCAACCCUGGGAUUUAAAAAUAAAAUUUAAAGGAAAAAAAAAGAAAAAGGAAAAAAAAACUUAUUUACCUCCUAAGGAAAGUGUUGCCCUUAUGCCACAUAUAAUAGCAAAUUGCUUUUUUUAUGGCAUGCAUAACCUAGAUGGGGAAAAAUAUGGUGCUUCAGGGAAGGAGGGGAAAAGUAAAUGAAGUUCCAGGAAUGUCAUUCUGAAGUAAUGAGGCAUGGACGGAAAAUAUACCCCUCACAUCAUCGGAUUGAGAUGGCAGGCGGAAUAGCUUCAUUGAAGUGUCAGCACUCAUCCAUCAAUCAAUCACCCACAAGGAAAAAUAACAACAGUACAAUGGGGCGGCUUUUAUGGGAUUUACUCACCGGCACAGGGAACAGCGGCUCAGAUGUAGUUCUGACAUGAAAAGCAAGGUGCUGAUAUUAUUUUUUAUGAUGGGAGGAUCAUAAAGUGAAUUGAGAACAGAAAGGUUUGUCUGCUUAACCUGUUCAACCAGAAAUGAACGGAACUCAGCUGGAAAGGACCGUCUUCGGAUGGGUUAAGAUUGAAGGGUGGACUCGCUGAGCACUGUCCUUCAGCGGGAGAUUCUAUUAAAGGGGAGAAAAUAAUACAUUGGCACGGGGGUUCUCGAAGCUGAUAAAGACCGCCUGUUCCAUUCCAGGGUUAUUAGGCAAAGCCACAUAAUUCGGAUUUUGGAACCAACCAAAAGCAAACCCUGAGCUUGAAACCCACCUGGGAGGGCACAGUACAGUUUCAAACCUCCUAGGUAACCAUUUCCCUCGUAAGAAUAAAACAGGAAUAAAUCUGCCGUUUCAAGUAUAAUCUAUAUGGUUCUGUUAGUGCAAUUUCUCUGGUGGGGUGAGGUGGGAGGCGAGAGACAAAAAUAUUGAUAAAUUUGGUUAGACUCCUGAGUUGUCACUUGGCAACUGUGAAUGUCACUGCUGAGAGACAGCUGUUAAUGUUCUCUGCAGAAAACAAGAUCUGAGCGGGCACCAUGCCGUGCACAGCUCUCCGUAUAUUUCUAGACACCGGGCCUGUCUUCAUUUGGCAAGCCUGUGAAGCUUCUAGAAACUUCUUCCUGGAGAGAAAGAAUGAAAUAGCUUGAACUCCAGGAGAAUGUUUUUAUCUGCUUGCAAACGACUUCCUCCCUUCCUCGGAUAAACUGGAGCCUCAGAAGUGGAGGGGGAAUGAUAUGCAAAUAUCAUGCAAAUUGCCUCUGAGUACCUCCACUCUCCAGCCACCCUUUUGAUCAGAGACAAUGAGAGGUAGCCCUCCCUUCCCUAACCUCCUCCCAGCUAAGGCCACCAACCAGCUAAAACGUGAAGAGGCCAUUAAAAAAAGGGGGAAAAAAUACUAUAUUUAAAUCUUAUGUAUUUCAACAAAUCACAUCAUAAGCCCUGACAGCACAAGACCCAACAAGAAAAGCAAUUUAGUCAGCAGAUUCACUCAAGCAGCCUUGUUAGGCACCUACUGUGUGUAUACUAGAAGCAGGAGCACCACAGUGAGCAGUCACCAUGACAUCUUGGCCCUCGUGUUUUUAACAUCACUGUUUCAAAACAGCCACUGACCAGACAUCUGAGGACGGUGUCCACAGAGGGUCAAAAUCCUAGUAUUUUCACAAUAAGGUAUUUUACUUUGUGAAAAACAUGCAAGGAAAAAAAAAAUAGCUUCCAAAUAGGUUAAGGACUAAAAGCUACCAUAUAAAUUGGACCACCCAGACAGCCCCCAAGGAAUUUCAUUCAUACCACAAAUAGAUUUCCCUUAAAACUCACCCCCAAAGUAAAUAUGCCUGCUUAGUUGUUUGGCUCUUACAUAACUAAUGUCCUGAGCAAAAUCCCCUGAAUUCUGUUGAAACUGGGAAAACAACAGUGACAUGUUUGAAACCAGAAAAAGUAUGAGGUGAGUGUGUGUGUGUGUGUGUGUGUGUGUGUGUGUGUGUGUGUGUGAGAUGUUCACACCUAUAUGGAAAUGCAUGAAUUUCACCAGUAUUUUCUAGGGUCUGGAUAGCACAGGGAUAAGAAUCUCCUAAAACUUUUCAGUCAACCUGAAGACACAGGUCAUACAAUGUCCCCAGAUUCUGUGUCUUUAUCAUUUGUCACUUGUCAGGAUAUCUGACAGGGCUCAGGCCUUCUUUUCUUUUUUUGGGGGGGGAGGAUGGGGGAUCAUUUUUAAAUGUGUUAGAAAAAGGAGGAGGAGGAGGAGAGGAGGAAGAGGAGACAGUGUCAUCUCUUAGGGCUAAAGAGAUGGCACAGUGGUUAGCAUAACAGCUGCUCUUACAAUGGAUCUGGGUUCAGUUCCCAGCACCCUCAAGGCCACUCAAGUUCAGGCCUCCAAGUUCCCCAGGCACACGUGUGAUACACAUAGGUACACAUGCAGGUACUCACACACACACACACACACACACACACACAUUAAGUAAAAACAUACAGAGUGCCAUAUUCCCAUUAUCUGCUCUUUUCUGAAUAAAGGGCGCUAAUGUGGAAACGAAUGCCAGGUAAUAACAAGGAAAUAUGUCGGAGGCUGUAGACUGCACGCACAUGCACAGUUGUAAGGCAGGCUCGGUGCUGUCUGCUUUCAACAGGCCAAAGGCAACAAGAAAAUUCAAAACGCAACUUCCGGUUUAUUUUGUUCCCUCCAUGAGAUGUGAAAAUGCUAAUUUCAUUUUCUCCCUUCCUCUGUGUGGCACUUGCUCAAAAUACCUACGAAAUGCUUUUAGACAAAGACCGAGGAGGGAGGAAGAGAUGUGAGCCUCCGUCCUCUAGAUGGAGAGCUGCAUUUCCAUUGCAGGAAAAACUUUGAUUCAUCUUUAGGAUUUCCAGGACAGAAUUUGACCUCACCAUCCAAAAUAAAAGCCACUUAUGUCCUUGGCUUCCUGUGAUGGAGUCAGGAGCGUACACAGAUAAACAAUUUCCAGUCUCUAGCUAAGAUCUCCUUGCCAUAGUUAUGAACGAUCAGGUAACAGGCCUAGAAGUUGCCUCCAAAAAUUAUUCAUGAGCCAAGCAGCCCAAAGCUUGUGGGGGAGGGAUGGUGUGCAACAGUGGGAAUGUUUUAUGGAUUAGAAGGGGCCUGUUUUAAAAUGCUAGUACCAGGUGGAAUGAUAUUUCUGUAACAAGACUGUCCGUUUCCUUUGGAAAAAUAUAUUCGGAGUAAAAUAGCUCUUCCAGGAAGUGACACCCUGACUUGACACCCUUCAGCAUACAAAUGACAUGACAAUAGCCAUACGACUGCUGUUAGGGCCUUCUACAAUAAGGUCUGUUUGAAGGAGACAGACCAAAAUACAGCCCCUUGAACUGUGUUUAUUUGCUUAAAACAGCUUUUGGAAAUAAAAGUAAUAACUUUGGUUGGAGCCCCCAGGAGAUGUUAAAAAAAAAAUACAUUGCUUUUUAAAAAAAGUUCUAAAUCUAAGCACUCCCUUCAAGCCUUUCAGGAAAUAUAUUUCGGUAUGCUCUCUGAAUUGUUUUGCACCUGAAACGUACGUCUGCCUGUCUGUCCCCAGGCGAUGGCUAAUAUUUAUAGAAAGAACAAUCUCUGAUUAUGUCUAGACCAUGGAGCUGUGUCCGGUCCUAUUUUCAUGUCCUAAAUGACUUCUGGAACAUUCCAGAGCUAUAAAUGUGUGUGCAGACACCAAAGGACAGAAAGUUCUAUCGGUCUGUGAAGAAACAAUUAAAACGGUGUCCGUUCUGCCUGGAGAGAAAGCCUGCAGAUGUCGGAGCCAAGCCCGCAAAUGUAACGAACGUGCAGAAAAGUGUCCUUUGGCUCAGGGUUCUUCCGUGUCAGAAAAUCCCAGCUUGCCAGAUAUUUUUAGAUCUCUGAUACAAACCUUCUCAUCCCUUUGGACUUGCUUCUUGAGAGUUGGAUCCCAUCAGGGUGAACCAUGAACUUUCAGACCCCUAGAAUAUCCAAGUUGACCUGUGAUGGACAAGUGUUUCUGGUUCUGCGGUCUUCUUGUGUGACAAACUGGGAAGUAUACCCCUGCAUCCAUUCCAGAUCUUGAGUUCAAUCUUAAUUUAAAAAAAAAAAAAAGGCAACUGGGUUCCAGGUGGGUAUGGAGGGAGUCAGAGUGAUCUUCACGAAACACAUUUAUCCGUUCUCUGGAGGGAAGUGCUUGCUUCCGGGACAGAGAGACAAACAUUUUUAUGUUCCAAAAGCAGACCAGUUGUUUUCAAUAAAUAAAUAAUGACUGCAGCCAUGCCUGUAGAAUGUCCUGUGCACUCCCCUGCUCUCUCCUGCAUGCUGUGUACACGAUUGCUGGUGCACUAGGAAGAGGGGGGAAUUCGGGCUGUUCUGCUUGCUGCAGCCUGGAUGGCUGGGAAUGCAAUGCUGUACAUAUUUGUAUAUACUGACUAAAUCGCCGUGUAUGGACGCAGGUUUUCUUAUAUUUACAUGAUUCUGUUUUCUACCAGACUGGCCCACAAUGCGGGAUUAUUUUGCAUUGGAAAAAAACAAAAACAAUAUGCUUGUCAUUUUCCCCCUGAUCAUUCUCUUUCGAUAGCUUAUGGGAGAAUUAGGGCUGGGUUUCUUAAGACAUUGCAAGAACCACGUCCUGCAUGAGCCCCAUCCGGUCGCCGGAUCCAAGGAGGAACCGAAACCCUGAGUUUCCCUCUAACGGCAUGCUUUACCCCAUGAGAAAACUACAAACUCAUCCCUGUAGAAUUAGCCUCUUUGUAUUUUAUCUACUAGUGCCUGGGAAACAAAAAAAGAAAAAAAGAUUUUUUAAGUCUUCUUUAGAGGAAGAAUUCAUAAUUGUCAAAAUUUGAAACAUUAGCUUAAUUUUGUUUUUAUGACCCUGUGCUCUACUCCUUAUUUAUUCGGUUACUGUUGUAAUGGGGCCCCAGGCCAUUCCUGACAUCACCGUGUUCCUCCUCGGCAUUAAGGAUGUUUUUAAAAUUACACAGAUUAUUGAGCCAACAGGCUGUUUUAAUCAAAACCAUGUUUCACUUGUUUAGGAGGCUUAUAAAUUGUCCUUGCAAUGAAGAAGACAGGCGAGGAAAAAAGGGGGGGGGAGAAAAGAAAAAGAAUGAAAAUAACAAAACGAAAAGUGUUCCACUAGGAGGACUAUACCACCGUGUGGCCAAACAGACUCAUCACAACAGACAGGCACCUAUUGCCCGCUUCCCUAGGAAGCUGGAAAAUACUUCCCUUGGUUUCUCAACACCCUGGAAUUCAUUUUCAAGGCCAACACUGUUUGCAAAUUUCCAAAGAUCUUUGCCACCUCGUCACCACCCAAAGGCACAUGGUCUGACUGGGAAAUGGUCCCCCGGUGGAAAGUUGAGUAUUUCAGAGAAGAUGGACCUCUUUUCUUUGGUCACUCAGCGCCACCAGCCUGUCACCACCACCCCUCACUAUAAACAAUCUGGUGUGAUAUCCCUUAGGACUUAAAUCGGGUCAACGGCAGUGACCCGAUUAGGCCCUUGAUGAAUAAAAAUGACUUAAGUAGGGACCCACUUCAAGCAUGUGUCUGCCUAUGCUGCCACUGCCUGAAAGUUACCUGCAGAAAGAGACAGUUUUUAAUACAAUUUUAUUGCUAGAAAUAAAUUCUGAUCGUGGAAAUGAAGAAAGCACUUAAAUUAUAUCACAAAAGUCAUUAUUUUUUACAUCUAAAGAGUGGGAUUUUUUUUAAGGAAAAUCAUUCUACUUUGAGAAUGUAAUUAAAACCCUAAAUAACCGAUAAUACUUUCAGCUGCUGUGAAAACAUAGCAGCAUAGUCGCCAAGGUUGUAUGAAGCCCCUAAUUUCCAUCAAAAAGCUGUCUAUAAGUAUAGUAUUUACAUUUUUAAACAUGAUAGCUCUUUUUAUUUGUAGCCAAAAAAAAAAAAGAAAGUCCUUUCUUCCCCACUCAGCAGUUAUUGAAAAUAGAUCAUUCCCACCUGAAACCCCACGGUGACCUGCUUGGGAACUCUGAGCUACAAACAGAGGGACCUGGGUGUGUCCUCUGGUAAUUUUGCUGGAGGCUGUCCCUCGCUGUAUGCUGCAGACACGAGCACACAGUUCUGACCGGAAUCUGUUGGUGGCGGUGCUGGAUGGCAGAGGCGCCUCCCCACACCAUUAGCUUGGCAGGUGUUCGUCAUUUCAGACUUCUACUUUGGCCAAUUGGGGGGGGCGAUGGAAAUUAAAAGAGUGAAGAGGCAGAAAGAAAAAAAAAACCAUACACACAGAUGCACUUAAGACAUGAAAAGAAUUAUUUAUAUGAUAAAAAUAUAUUUAGAUUUUCAAAGCACAAGGCUGACUUGAAGUGCUCUUCUUAUGCUUCCUGGAGAUGGUACUGUUAAAUGUCUUUCUACAUCAGACUUUAAUAAAUCUGUAAUGACAUUUGAUGGAUUGA